UCUAUUACUCCCUCUAUCUUCUAUGCUUCUCUCUCUUUCUCUAUUCCUGCCGGCUGGGUGCUUAAGCUGGGCGGAUGGCAAGCAUACAGCUCGGCUAGAGAGCAGCCAGCUUCUCCCUGGACAAGCCCUGAGCAGGCAGCCAGCUGCAGCAGACCCCCAUCCAAAGCCAGUGGCUACUUUGGACUCGCUGAAAUGCGAAAAAGGCAACAGUCACAAAAUGAAGAACCCUCACCUGUGUCACAAGCGCCUGGUGGAAACCAAAGGCCGAACACAUGCUGCUUUUGCUGGUGCUGUUGUUGCAGCUGCUCAUGCCUCACUGUUAGGAAUGAAGAUAGAGGGGAGAAUUCAAGAAUGGCACACACGACGAAAAUGGAGAGCAUCCAAGUUGUAGAAGAAUGCAAAAGCCCUACUGCAGAGGAAAUCACAUCUUGGUCCCACAAUUUUGAUAAAAUGAUGAAAAGUCCUGCUGGAAGAAAUCUGUUUCGGGAAUUUUUACGCACAGAAUACAGUGAAGAAAAUCUUCUCUUCUGGCUGGCAUGUGAAGACCUGAAAAAUGAGCAAAACAAGAAACUGAUUGAAGAAAAGGCUAGGAAUAUAUAUGAAGAUUACAUUUCUAUACUCUCACCAAAAGAGGUCAGUCUCGAUUCCAGAGUUCGGGAAGUAAUCAACAGGAAUUUACUGGAUCCAAACCCACACAUGUAUGAAGAUGCUCAACUUCAGAUUUACACGCUGAUGCACAGAGACUCGUUUCCAAGGUUUUUGAACUCACAAGUAUAUAAGACGUUUCUUGAUAGUUUGGAAAGCUCCACUACUGACUCUUAGCUGAACCAUUUGAAGAAACGAUAUGUUUUUCUUUUAUAAACAGAACAAAGAAAAUGUAGUUUAAUAACAUCAGACACUGAGUUCCUGGAGAACUCUGGUCGUGCACUACUCAGGCUACUGUGAAGAAUACAUUUUAAAAAAAGAUACUGCUUUCUGUCUCCAUUUCCCAAGGUCUUUCAUGCUUGAGUUUGAGAAAUAUACAACACUGGAAUUGCCACGUUUGUCUUAUACACAGUUCACUUGAGUGUACAAAACAAUCAUCUAUUUGACGGACUACAAAGAAACUAUGUUAUCUCAUACUGCAUGUGCAAAAAUUUGUUUCUAUUUUACUCACCAAUCACGUGUUGCAAUAUACGUCAAAUAUGUACUUAGCACUACUUUAUGUGGAACACAGUGUUACUUUGGAAACAAAAUGGAAGCAAACUAUGGUUUGCAUUUCUUGGUUGAGAAGGUGUAUUGACAAGACUACUGUAAACUUUUAUUGGCUUUUUGGUGUUAGAAGUAAGAUUAUGCAAAGCCAAUACAUAAAAAAAGAUAACCUUUGGUGAAAGUGAAGGAGAUAGAAGCUGUAAUUCUCAGAUGUUCACUGCCAAACUGCGGCUUUUAUUUUUGUUAUAGAGUUUGCAAUGUCAAAGAAGCACAAACCAUUUAAAAAAGGAUAUAUGUCUGGAUGACCAAAACUCUUGAGCUGACAUUGUUUAUUGUUGUUAUAAAAAAGUAGCAUUUUUAUGUACAUUUCAGAUGUCAUAUACAUACAUUUGAUUUAAAUAAAACUGGUCAUCCAGUUUUAAUAGUGUUGUUUACCAUAAUGUAUUACAGCAAAAAAAGUAAAUAACAGAAAUAGUUUAAUAUUUUAAAAAUAAAAUAUAAUAAAAAAAAAAAGUUUACCUAUAUGUAGCAUUUGGAAACCUUUUAAUGAAACAUCCGUCUUUCAUAUUACUGAGUAAAAAAGAUUUGAAUGCAUGGUUUAAGCUUGAUGAACAAUAGUUUUUUUUUUCAAUAGAUACAUACAUUCAGUAUAGCUAGUUUUAUAUCUCCCUGUGAGGAACUGUAAAAACCAGCAUUAAAAUCAAACUGUUAUUGUUUUGAUGGAAGGCAAAAAAACAGCAAAUUUUCUAGUGCUGUCAAA